AUGCAGCGUUUUUCUGGAUAUUUCAAGGAAGAAAAUGUUGUCACAAAUCAGGGGGACUCCGAUGACUCAUGGGAAUAUGCCCCCGAUUAUCCAAGGUCCCUUCCACCACCGCUGCCUCUUCCAACCUCCUCUACAAGCGAGAGGGACUCCGAUGAUCCCUCUGUGGAAAUAAAUGAUAUGAAGAACAAACUGGAACACAACUCUUCUUUGGUCCAUUAUUGGACUCAAAAGUGUGUCGGAGCUAAGCAGAAGUUGGCUUAUUUGACUCAGCAAGUUAACAAAGCCUGUUACAGAAAAGAGAAGCAAAGAAUUCGUGCCCAAAGAAGAAAGCACACAGCAGAGGAUUUGCAAGGAUGCUAG